UGUCAUAGGAUGAACCCUGCUGGACCAUUCUUACUGUCUGUAAUAUCGUGUCUGGUGUGGCUCUCCUGGGGCUUUGAUCCGGCUCCAAGUGCUUGCUCCGCCUUGGCCUCUGGGGUCCUCUACGGAUCCUUUUCUCUGAAGGACCUCUUCCCCACUGUCUCCACUGGCUGCUCAUGGACCCUGGAGAACCCCGAUCCAACCAAAUACUCCCUGUAUCUCAAGUUCAACCGGGAGGAGCAAGUCUGCACCCACUACUCUCCCAUGGUGCUUCCGCUGGACCAUUACCUCUCCAAUGACACCUGCAACCAGCCCGGAGCGACUGCCCUGCCCCAGGAGGGGGGAGAAGAAGAGGAGGAGGAGGAAGAGGUGGGCUUGGAGCUUUGCCAAGGUGGGGGCCCCUUUGCCUUUUUUCAUUUCGACAAGAACUUUGUGCAGCUCUGCCUGGCAGAGGAGCCCGAAGCAGCCAGCCGCUUGCUGCCCCCCGAAGCCGUGGAGUUCCGCUUUGUGGAGGUCCUCCUGAUCAAUAACAACAAUUCCAGCCAGUUCACCUGCAGUGUCCUGUGCCGUUGGUUGGAGGACUGCCUUCGGCUGGGUUCCAGCCAACCCUGCGGUCUCUCACAAACGGGCUGCACCUGCCAGACACCCCGAACCUUGCCGGCUCCUCCAGAGGUCAACCAGACGCUCUCCAAUGCCCUGACGCCCCCUGCUACCAGCAGCAGCAGAAGCAACUGCUGUGUGACCCAAUUGCAUUCUGGGAAUGCGAAUGAUGUAUAUUCUCCAGAGAUUAAGCACGGUGGUGGUGUGCAAGAAGAUCAAAAGGUGAAAACACAGUGGCCACGGUCAGCAGAUGAACCAGGAGUAUAUAUGGCACAAACAGGUGAUCCAGCAGCAGAAGAGUGGUCCCAAUGGAGUGUCUGUUCCCUCACCUGUGGGCAGGGCACCCAGGUGCGAACACGCUCCUGUGUCUCAUCGCCUUACGGGACUCUGUGCAGUGGCUUGCUGCGGGAGACCAGGACGUGCAACAACACUGCCACCUGCCCAGUGGAAGGCCAGUGGCUGGACUGGGGAUCCUGGAGCCGGUGCUCUGUGUCAUGCUCCAACGGUACUCAGCAGCGGACCCGCAAGUGCAGUGUCUUGGCUCAUGGCUUGGCAGAGUGCAAAGGAGCUCACGCUGAUGCCAGGGAGUGUUACAAUCCAGAAUGUUCAGCUGCGAGUAAAUGGGGUCCAUGGAACGACUGGAACUUGUGCUCCAAGACUUGUGACACAGGCUGGCAGAAACGUUUCCGGAUGUGCCAGGGGACAGGAGUACAAGACUACCCGUGUGAGGGCAGUGGGGAAGAAGUGAAGACAUGCAACGAGAAAAAAUGCCCAGCUUUCCAUGAGAUGUGCAGGGAUGAAUCCAUUGCCCUGAUGACUUGGAAGAAAGCUGCAGCCGGCGAAAUAGUCUACAACAAAUGCCCAUCUAAUGCUACAGGAUCUGCCAGCCGACAGUGCCUGCUCAACUCCCAUGGUGUGGCUUACUGGGGCAUGCCCAGCUUCGCACGCUGCAUUUCCCAUGAGUACCGAUACUUACAUCUUUCA